AUGAGGUUGGACACUGUUGAACAACAGCAACAAAAAUACAUUAACGUAGUUGGACCUGUUGUAAGUGCAAUUCAAUCGAAAGCUUACAUCGAAACUGUCGAGCUGAAAGGUAACUCAUUGGGGGUUGCGGCUGGCGAAUGUAUCGCUGAAGCGCUGCAGUCUCAUGCCGAACUUAAACAAGCUUUGUGGAGUGAUCUCUUCACGGGCCGACUUAAAACUGAAAUUCCGCCGAUUCUGAAAUCGUUGUGUGAUGCGAUGAUAUCGAGUGGAGUGAGACUGGUAGAGUUGGAUUUGUGCGAUAAUGCAUUCGGACCGAUCGGGGCCGAGGGCAUCGAAAACUUUUUGGAAUCGCCAUCAGCAUACUCACUUCAGACUCUUAAACUUAACAACAAUGGCCUUGGAGCUGGUGGAAAAAUAAUCGCCAAAUCACUGAAACAGUGUUGGUUGAAUGCGAAACAAGAUGGUUGUGAAUUCGCUUUAAAAACCUUCAUUGCUGGUAGAAAUCGUCUCGAAAAUCCAGGAGCCACUGCACUAGCUGAUGCUUUCAAGACAAUUGGUACACUGGAACAUAUAUCGAUGCCUCAAAACGGGAUAAAGUCGGGAGGAAUCGAAGCGUUAGCCGCAUCCCUCGAAAAUAAUCGCAACAUAAAAGUGAUCGACCUCAAUGACAAUACGUUCAAUGUCAGUGGAGCGCGUGCAAUGGCCAAGGUGAUACCGAAUUUACGACAAAUACAAGUGAUAAACUUCGGGGAUUGCUUGUGUCGGAAUGAUGGUGCUAUCGCGAUUGUAUCCAGUCUUAACAGCUCGAUUCAUCUGCAUUUGGAGGAAGUGAACUUGAGUGGUAAUGAACUGAAUGCUGACAUUGCUGAGAAGAUUAUUCGCGUGUUUGAUAAAGCUGCCUUCCGAUUGAAAUCACUCUCGUUACACACCAAUAAUUUGGGACAUCGUUUCGAUGAACUCAAACAGUAUUUUCAUAAUGUGGAUCUGGGAGAAGAAAGUGACGAUCAAGGUUCGUUGGAAGAUGAAGAAGAUUAUAGCGAAUCAGAAGGGGAUGAGGAAGAGAGUGAUGUGGAGGUGGUUGAUAAAGAAGUGGAGUUGACUGGUACGGCUGCAGUAAGAACGCAACCUGAGAAUGCAAUUAGUUGUUCGAUUAGUGAGCAUGACUUGACUGCGUUCGAAUUACAACCGUCAAUAACAUUACUGAAUUUUUUCGUGUCACGGUCCGAUAUGCUCAUUGAUAUUCUUCGGAAUGAUUUGGAAGGACGAAGUCAAGAUGAGGCGGCAUCGUUCUUGAACUCAUUGGCAGUGUUAAUCGGAGAAAAUAUGAAGAAUAAUGAAUUGAUCAACAAAAUUACUUCAUUAGCUGAUGCCAUCCUGAGGGUAGCUGAACGCACAAAACGUUACCCACUCUCAGCCACUCAACAAAUUUGCAAUCUUUUGCUGGCGUAUGCAGGUGCAGUUCAGUGUGAACGUGUUGAAUCAGCACCGAAAUCGAAUCUUCAAGGAUUGAUCUGUCUAUUUGCGGCUUUGAUUAAAAAAGGUCAUUUCGUUGAGAUGUUACCCACAAUAAAGUUCUACUUCAGUGGCUCAAUCAGAGCAAAGAAUCCUUCGUACGGUCUGACGAUCGAUCGCUUCGUCGCUUCAAUCUGA